AUGUCUGCCCAAUCCAAUAUCAUCGCGCCAGCGGAAAAUUCACCCGAACCAACGGAGAUGGCAGGCUAUUAUUCCCCAUAUCGUACCGGCCAUGCUAUGGGUGCCUGGACGGAUCUCCGUAUGAAUGUCCGUCCCGAGUCUGGCGACUCCGUAAGAAUGGACGCAUUUGCAGCCCUUCAGUUGAUUAUCAAGGUAGCCUAUACGGUCCAGAUGUUCGAUGAACUCCAGCCAUACCUAGUGUCCCAGGAGCAAACCGCAGCCAAAUACCACGACUUUUUUGAUACAAUGUGUGAGUAUCUCCUUCUUUGCCAUCUACGAAAGGUCUACGAGGCAACGCCGAAAGUAGCGUCAAUACAAGUGUUGCAUAGCAAAAUACUUGCAUACUCGAUGGUACUACGGGAUACGUACGAGCAACUGCAUAAAAUACUUGAAGUGAUCCUGGAGCCCAGCUUUCUCCGAACAAUAUGUUCCGAACAAGAAGCAGCUUUUCUUUGCAACUGCAGCCACUUUACCUCUGGUUACCUGCCUCAUGAGGAUAUCGAACAAAACGUGUGUAACCUGGUAGUCGCCCUUCACGAUGAUGGUGAAGCUGGACUAAGACACCGACAAGAUCCGUUCUACAACACCCAUCGGUACAUGCUCAACGAUCUGCUUCUCCAACUCUUCGAGCAAGAGCCAUUGGUGCUUGAUAGUAUCUUCAUGCAAAGGUGGUACAAACUACUGGGCAUGAGCGAUGUGGAUGUUCCUCUACCCAGCUACAUCCCUCGAGAGGCAUGGAAGGACAACUUUAUUCCCACGGAAAACUCGCAUUGGUCAACCAAGUGGUUGGAGGAAUACUUCAUCGCGGCGUUGACCGGGUUGGAUUCGUUCAGACCGGUUUACAUAUUUUUGGAUGGACCAUCAGGUUUCAGAACGCAGACCUGGGAGGAUAACAACGCGGACUAUUUCCACUUCACGAAGUUCAUUGAGAAAGUUCGCAACAUCCAACCUUGGCACAAAAUCAAAGACAGAGAACAAGCCGGGGGUAAUACAGCUGCCAUGCCCGUAACGAAUUCGAUCAAAAUCAUCGUAGCGAGUAGACCGGAAAAAGACUUCCACGACUUCCAUCUUGCUCGCAAAGUCAUCAAAUCUGGGUCAGUCAUGACAGUUGGCGUGGAAGCGCCGAUGCUUCGUGUCCAGGACAUCAACGGCAAUGACAUGAAACUUAUCUGCCGCCACAGGUUCGGCAUGUUGGAGAAAGGUUACAGCACGAAGACCCCGAGAUGGCGUCAGAAGAGAAUGGAAGAGACGGUGGAAGAAAUUGUGAGGGAAGCCAACGGGUGUUACCAAGUGUUACAAGACGCUUUGGAUCGUCAUUCCCAGACCAAGUUUGAUGAAGAUGGAGAAGAAGUGCCGUCUUGUUGGUCCUCCUGUUUUCCAUGCUAUGACAGCAAAAAUGAUUUGUGCUACAAUCAAGAAUUGGAACUCGGAAGACUUCACGAACGCGAUGCCCUUCUGGUCCGGGACAGAACUGAUGCUGACGUCCAUCUACCAAGAUCAUUCAGGCUCUACAGCUCCAUGCUUUCUCAAAUCUGUUGGGUCAACCAACUCAACGACUCCCGCGACAUCUCAUACUAUCUCAACCUUAUCCUCGCCCACAACCACUCCUAUCGUUUCACCUCGGUCCGUUUGAAAAAUCGGCCCCUGUCCCUCCUUGAAGUUGUUCUGGCUAAGGGGAACAAACUGCCUCUCUACCCCUCAACAGAAACAGUUGACCGCCUCUGGCAAAAUUGCCAAUUAACAGCCAACAAACUCAACAAGGACCUAUACCCCUUCGUCGUGCUGAAGGAUAUGGAACCUCAUCACCAAGUCUUGCCUCCCAAAAGCUUAAAGUCAGGGAAUGGCAAGACCAUAUACGAGGAAAACGACUACGCCGACCUCAUCCCCUUCGCCAACCGCGCCAUUGUUCCCAUCCAUCCGCGUUUCAUAGAUUUCCUGGUCUCCAUGCCCGAAGGCAUCGAGCUCCUCAACCGAGACUGUGGCUGUAACAAUGACCAGUUUACCCCCAAUGAGGAUGGCAAGUUAGUCUGCCAAUGUACCUCCUCAGACCGCCUGCAAUGGCACGAAAAACGAAUCAAACGAUUACUCUGCGCUUCCCUCUUCGAACACCGCUUCUUGCUUCCUACCCUACAAGACAUAAGGCCAGUCUACAAAAAACACGUUCAACUGAUUGAGUCCUCAAAGGAACUUUGUCACUUGGCGGAUUUGGUAGAAGGGGAUGAUCCUAUCGUGCAUCUCCGUGUGGUUCCGCGUCCGGGUCCGGCCCCUUCCGCCUCUCUUCUUCCACCUACACAAUCUCCACCUUCCGCUUCCACCUCCUGGGACAUGGAAGGAAGAUGGGGUGGAUCUGGAAGGAAAAGAGGUUGGUUUCCUCGGGAAUGGGUGGAAGAAUUUUCGAUGAAGGAGCCGAAGGGGCUGUGGGGGAGGUUUUCGGAGAUGUUUACCUCUGGCAAAACGCAGGCACCGAAUAUUGAACUGCAGAACCAGGAGGCGCGGAAGAUGGUAGCGGAUACUUCCUCUAUGAAGAAGGAGAAAAUCACUGGGAACACAACUUCUAGGAACACGGAGAUGGAAGGGUGA